ACCACCCGGUUCCUCAAAAUCUCUCCAUCCGCGAUUUGAUGAUGUUGGAGCUUCUCUGAGCGUCUAAAACGGAUGACAGCUCUUUAUUAAACUAACAAAUGUGCCAGAAGUGAGCGGACUUCUGUAGAUUAACGUUAAAAGCGGUCGAGGAAGGCGCGAACAUGUCGGCCAGCGCUGUUUAUGUGUUAGAUCUGAAGGGGAAGGUGCUGAUCUGCCGAAAUUACCGCGGAGAUGUGGACAUGUCCGAGAUCGAGCAUUUCAUGACCCUGCUGAUGGAUAAAGAGGAGGAGGGAACGCUGUCGCCCAUCCUGGCUCACGGGGGAGUUCGCUUCAUGUGGAUUAAACACAACAACCUGUACCUUGUUGCAACAUCCAAAAAGAAUGCGUGUGUCUCCCUGGUUUUCUCCUUCCUCUACAAAAUUGUUCAGGUUUUCUCCGAAUACUUCAAGGAGUUGGAGGAGGAGAGUAUCAGAGAUAACUUUGUCAUAAUCUACGAGCUGCUGGAUGAACUCAUGGACUUUGGAUACCCGCAGACCACUGACAGCAAGAUCCUUCAGGAAUACAUCACGCAGGAAGGUCACAAGCUGGACACGGGCGCUCCGCGGCCCCCUGCCACGGUCACCAACGCCGUCUCCUGGAGGUCAGAGGGCAUCAAGUACAGGAAGAACGAGGUUUUCCUGGACGUCAUCGAGUCUGUCAACCUCCUGGUCAGCGCGAACGGUAACGUCCUGUGCAGCGAGAUCGUCGGCUCCAUUAAGAUGAGAGUGUUCCUCUCUGGAAUGCCAGAGCUGCGUUUGGGUCUGAAUGACAAGGUUCUGUUUGAGAACACCGGCCGUGGUAAGAGUAAGUCAGUGGAGCUGGAGGAUGUGAAGUUUCAUCAGUGUGUGCGUCUGUCUCGAUUUGAGAACGAUCGCACGAUCUCCUUCAUCCCUCCAGACGGAGAGUUUGAGCUGAUGUCCUACCGCCUCAACACACACGCCAAGUCUCAGUUUAAGCGACGCUCCACUGCCAACAACGUGGAGAUUCACAUCCCAGUGCCGACCGACGCAGACUCGCCCAAGUUUAAGACCACGGUGGGCAGCGUGAAGUGGGUGCCGGAGAACAGCGAGAUUGUUUGGUCCAUCAAAUCUUUCCCCGGAGGGAAGGAGUACCUGAUGAGGGCUCAUUUCGGGCUGCCCAGUGUUGAGGCGGAGGACAAGGAGGGAAAACCACCAAUCAGUGUCAAGUUUGAGAUUCCGUAUUUCACCACCUCUGGAAUACAGGUGCGUUACCUGAAGAUCAUCGAGAAGAGCGGCUAUCAGGCGCUGCCGUGGGUGCGAUACAUCACCCAGAACGGAGACUAUCAGCUGCGGACUCAGUAAACGUGAAGAAUUAGCCGAGAGCAUCAUGGGUAAUUAGGGGUCGUG